UUGUUUUUUAAAUUUUAAAUUGUCGGUUUAUGACUAGACCUAAAUUGAUCCUAUGGUACAAGGGUUCGAAUAAGCUCCCAAUCUACAGUCUGGAUCUACGUGGAGGAUUUAAACGAGGACAUCAUUGGAAGGAUAACUCAACAAUAGGGAACCGAGGGUUUGUUUACUACCAGGAAUCACCAGGGAAGGGCGGAGGCGACCUCGUCCAAUGGUUCUCCAGCCUCCAGCUAAGUCCUGUCCUCCGAGAGGAUUCAGGAAAGUACCGCUGCAGAAUAGAUUUCUCCAAUACGCCGACACACAACUCCUGGGUUAAACUUAAGGUUAUUGUACCCCCCAGGUCACCUGUUAUAGAGAAUGACCGGGGUGUAUCAUUGACCACAAAAUCUGACCCGGUCACGGAGGGAUCCUCAAUCCGUCUGCACUGCACGACAAGCGGAAACCCAGUUCCCGCCAUUAUUUGGAAAUUCCGCGGAAUUCCUGUACAUGCGUCUUCCAGCCAUUCGGAUGCUAACACCGGGGUUAUCAAGAGCUCAGUUGUGAUUAAAGACAUUGAACAGACAGAAUUGGAUCAAGUUGUUGAAUGUAUUGUUUCUAAUAGUGAUCUAGUGCUUCCAGCCUCAGCCGCUAUACUCCUUGACAUUAUAUCUCCUCCGCAGCGGAUUAAAAUAGUUCGUGAAUUCCCGCAUUUUACCGGUGGAACCGUUUAUAAUCUAACUUGUCAGGUUCUAGGUUCCAGUCCAGCUCCGGAGAUAUCGAUCUAUAAAGGAAUAAAACUUCUUCACCAAUCUUCCAGAGAAGGAAACGUAUCAGGGCGGAUACAUAGCCUGGUUGUACAGUACAGGGCGGAGAGGGCGGAUCAAGGGGAGUUCCUUAUCUGUAGAGCUAGAAACAUUCUCAUACCAAACCUUAGCAUAGAGGAUCAGUGGAGGAUUGAUGUACAAUAUAAACCCGAGGUAGAGGUAAGAGUAGAGAAAGGCUCAGUUUACACUGAGGAAGGACAGGAUUUAGAAUUGCGAUGUAUUGUGAACGCUAAUCCACCAGCUAUACUUAUACACUGGUUUAGACAGGGCCAGGACCUGGAGACUAUGAUGGAGAAAAAUAUAAAGAUUUACAACGAUAAGUUGACAAUCACCAACAUUCUCAGAUUAUUUGAUUCUUAG